CCCAGCUGGCUGCAGAGACCUGGUCUGCCAUGGCCCGCCAGCUGCCUGCUGAGUCAACGUGCUGAAGGGUCUGCAGCCGGCUGUGCCCCACCCCAGGUUCUAACAGGGCCUAUCUAUGGUGCCAUGUCUGUGAGCGUCUGGCCUGGAGCUGUCCUGAGGCAGACUGGGACCAGCCAUACUUCCUGGCUGGAGGAGCUGGAUUGUAGGUCAAGGCUCCAGGAAAUAGGCUCGGAGGAGGGUUGGCCUGCCAGGGGCGUGGGAGCAGACUUGGGGGCAGACCAGAGAAGGCCCGAGGAAUGCGGGAUGGGACAGGGUGUGGUGUGGCCCGAUGCGUGGCUCACAGGGUUUUGUGCUCUUGUGAGCUGCCCCUGCAGGACAGUUAACCCUUUCCUCCUUGCUGGUCUCUCAGCAUGAGAUGCCCACAGAGACCAGGGUACUCGUAUCUUCAGGCUAGAUGGAGCUCUUGCUGGGCUUUGGUUAGGGGUGUCCUCCGUCUGGGAGCCAGGCCUCUGGACACAGCUGCAGGGCAGGGAAGCACUGCAUCCCCAGGCAGCCGGCGGAAUGAGGGCCCUGUGACUGCUGCUCCUCUGACCUGCCCCAGCAGCUGCCCCAGGAUGCUGCACUGCGUGGCUUUGGUGGCUUAGGCGUGCACGGCCAAGACCCCGACCUCACAGGCUUGUCAUCCCUCAGUGUGGCCUCUGCUGCUCUUAUGAAUGACAGGUCCAAUGGCACACAUGCCCCUGGGCCCACUGUGAUAUCUCCUCUGCUGUCAGUGUUUUCCUGUGUGACCUUUCUCAGGGGACUCAGGCUCUGGGAGCCUUCGGUGGGGGCCUGGCUGCUGCCCUGUGGUCAGGAAUGGCAUUCUCACAUCCAGAAUGGGAUCAGUCACUUCGUUUUCAGGGGGGAAGGUCAGACGGAGCUGUCUUGUUGUCCUUCAACCGUGGGUCGUGGGCAGGUCAUGGGCUGGGACGUCUGCCUGGCUCAGUGCUGGGGCCGCAGCUGGACUUCUGCAGUGGAGAAGAAGCAGCACCUGCUGCUGGGGUGACUGAGGCCGCUGGCUCACUUGUGUCAGCUGGCAAAGCCACUCUGUCACUUGGUGCUCAGCGCCUCCCGCACGGUGGCUGCUUCCCGGUGGGCAGUAACGAGCGAUCCGAAGAUCUUCACAUCCGCAUCUGCUCCCUGUGUCCUGUGCAUGUGUCUCUCCAGGCCUCCCUAGCCCAGGCACUUGCCUUCUCCAUCCGGGCUCCAGACCAGCUCCUGGCUCAGUGCAGCCUUGUCUUGGGCCACAUGGCUUUCCGUAUAAUUGGACGAGCAUGCUAUGUGCAAGGCUGGCAACCCUGUGGCAGGAUUUGCUCACUGGCACCUCCUUGCAGCCACAGGUGUGAGCCAACAGGAAUGUGGGCCGAAUUGGGUGUGGGAAUUGGGUCACCUGCCACCGCCGCUAUCCAGUGCCCAGUGAGUGUGCCUGAGGCAGGAUCUGUGGUGGGGUGCGGUGGCCUCCCUGCUCACAACUUGGUGGAGCCCUACCCCAGCUGCGUGAGCCCCACGACACCCUCCAGCAGGGCCCAGCAGCCUUCUCGAGGCUCAGCCCGAGUGUGUGUCAUCCUCUGUAGAUGGGGUGGCCUUGCUCCAGAGCCCCGGGGAAGGUUCCGAUUUUCUGGUGGGGCUCGCCAGCCCUUCUAGAUGACGUCUUCCCCGCCAUGAACCUCUCCACUCCUGGGGGGUCUGCCGGG